AUGUAAUUAUAGUUAAUUCCUUAUGUUGAUGUGGUAUAAUUGAGGAUGGUUUGUUAGGGUGUGGUGGGAGGUGGGUCACUCGCUGAUAUGGGUCACUCGCUGAUAAUGUACGUUAAUGGAGAAGGAACAGGUCCGUUGAAUGGGGACGGAGUCACAUAUACACAGGUACUCAGGAAGCCACCGUGUCGGUAUCCCCAAACUUAACACUCCUCUCUAGUAUCCAUCAACCUACACUGGGCCCAUGGUCCCAUACAUGAAGUAAUUUAAAUGUACUAUUCAUUGAUGGAGGAUAGGUCCACCUACCCAAAAAUGCUCCCAUGCCAGAUUGACCACUAGUCCAUGAUGAGCAACCUCAUUGUACGAAGAUUCGAAAUGAAGAAACAACGUUUCUCGCGAAUCCAUUGCGUAAAAGCGACAUUAUAAAAAAACAGAAUGGACCAAUGCUCAAAGACAACGGGUGAGUCUUGUUUGCCAACACACGACACCAACUGAUGGGCCAGGGGAGCGCAUGAAUGGAAGGUCUGGGGAUCAGAGUUGAUCUCGACCAGGCGGGCAUUUGGACUAUUGAUUCUUCUCAAAUUGCUAACUACCUGGCUGUGCCGGACAUGGCUCACUUCCUCACAAUCCUCUACAACAGCACUAAGGAUAAUCCCCAGCCUGGGCAUUUAUCCGAAACCAUGGACCACAACAACGUGGCGCCUUCUACCGAAGGCUUGUUCCCAUCCCAAGAAAGGCUUAAUUCAAGUGGGAUGGAGAUUGGUUUUACCCCCUCCAGGCUGAUUACGCCGCAUUACCCCACGAUAAUAUAUGGACAUGGGAGGCGACGCCUGACCGGCCGGGGGAUUGGUGCAUCUCGUGGUCUCUCACAUCUGCCGAUGGCGCGAUGGGCCAGCUCAUGGCUUGUUAUUGAUGAGCCGUGGCAUAGAGUUGACUCCGAGGGCGACGUAAUAUGGGACCGGCUGCUUCCGAGGAUGGGGUGCAGUGAUGAGGCACCUGGGUAUAAAGGAGGGAAGAUGACUGUGCUGGCUGAUCCUGGAUUCCAGACUUUUGGGGCUGUCGCAUCUGGAAAAGCAUUUGUCUAGUCGCCAUGUUCUCGACUUCGUUCCUCGUUCUUGCGUUGGCCGCAACAGGCCUAGGACAGGUCGUGGUACCAGAAGGGUAUCGCAAGGUGUACAUCACCUCGGCGGUCGACGCCAAGUUCGUUAUUGUACCAAAGGCACCGUUGCCGGCGAAGGCUGGUACUGGUGUUGUCGUUCAGAUCAGGAAUGACAAGCCUGAACAACAGUGGUAUCUCAAGGAUGGUACCGGUGUUAGGAUCCAAUUGGCCGAAACCAACCUCUGCCUGGAUGCCGGUGCAAAGAGUAACUGGAGAGAUAUGGGUACGCUCACCCUGAAGGAGUGCUCCGCUACCGAGCCGGCGCAGAAGUGGAACGUCAUGGCAGAUGGCCGCAUCGCGUUGGAGGACUCACCCCAGCCCCAACAAUGCGUCGAUCUGGUGUACAUGCGCGCUACUCCCAACAACGCUGUCGGCUUGUAUACCUGCGCGGGGCUCGGUAACACUGGCGCAAAGGAUAAGGGCAUCAACUGGCCGCUGGUCAACGCGACGGCUCCAUGAAGAGUGUCGACAGUUCUCUCUUUGUCAGGUAGGUUGAGGUGACAUACCUGUGCGAGUAAAGGCAGGUGGUUGAAAAUGUAAAGCAUAACCGGUAAAAUUUCUUUCAAAUACAGAGCAUCAAGGAUG